GUUCGGCAGUGUGUGAAUUUUAUUUUCGCUUGUCGACACAAAAGAAUUUCACUUAAUACUCAAACGAACGCACACACUCGCAAGCACACACACACACAUAUAGGGAUAAGGGUCCGCACAGAGCAGAGGUUGAGCAGUAAAAAGUGCCUCAUAAAGCCGAUAUAUAAACUAAUGCCAGAACGGCAGGGGGAGCGGAGCAGAGUAGCGCUGGCAGCGAGGGCUGAAAACGAAGAGGGGCAAAAAUUUUUACGCUUUUGUGAAUGUUAACAUUCAAAGAUAUCAUCAAAAAAUUCACUGGAAACGCUUGUACAAUAAUAAAAAAAAAACACACACACAAAAUCAAGAGGCAGCAAGAAGCUGACAAUGCAGAAGCAGCAUCGAAGAUCGUUUUCCCCCUCGAAGAGGAGAGAAGGAGAGAGCAGAGAAGCAGAGGAUUUUGUCGCCUCUUCUUUUGUUGGAUGAGUUGCUGUUGCCGUUCACGCGUCGUAAACUCGGUAGCAGUCGGCAACACCAACAGAUACAACAGCCACAAAGACAAUGCACAGGGGGGAAAAACUUCCGCAAAAAAAACAGAAGAACACUGAUAAAAAAUACAUGGCAAAUAUAUGUACAUGAAAAACAAGAAAAACUCUUGAACUAAAGAUAAAAAUACAUUUUAAGAUUGUAAAAAGUCUUUAGAAAUGAUUAGUUUUAUAACUUUUAAAGUUAUUUACUUAAUUACUAACUAAAAAUGUUAAAAAUUUUCAUUCUCCUACAAACCAAAAACACAAAUAAAGACAACAAACAUUUUGAGGUGAAGAGGCCGAAAGGGAACCUGUCAUCAACAGAGACAUGAGAUAUGUAUGCACGUUUCCCUUUCUCCAGCAUUUUACUUUCCUCAUGGCUUUUCCCGUCGCACUGCAAGCCAUUUGAAGAAUUUCCAUUUGCAUUUUAAUUAAGUGAAUGGACAAAUGACCCAAGGGGCCGAAAGCUAAACGGGGGUGGCCAAUGGCCAAUGGUCGGGCAGAAAACUUUAUUAUCUGAACAAGCAAUUAUGCAUAUCAUAAAACACUUUAAACAUUAAUGAGUGUCGGCGCUGGGCGGCGGCAGCAGCGGCAUGAAAAACACAGAGAUGGAUCCGAAAGAGAAAGGGAAAACGACGAGUCAUCUUUGGGAUGCUAAAGGUACUUACAGCUUCUUCCCACUUUGCGAACUACAAGACUCCAAAGGGAGACUCGUUUAUAUUUCAUUCAACCACUUGGCCAGAUAGCUAAAGGCCUCCCAAGGGGCAGAUGAAGAUCUUAAGUAGGGGGUGAGGUAUACGAAUAAAUUAUGAAAAAAAUUAUGAUAUUCCAAAGCUUUGAUGUUAAUAACAAUAGAGAAUAAAUGUCAACAAAAUGUUUAAAUUAAACAUUAAAAGCUUUAUGGUUCAUCAGAAUUUCCAUCCUUAAGUAAACUUUUCAAAAACUAACAAUCUAAGUAUUUUUUAUAUUUAUCUUACUGUCUGUAUUUUUGUUCAUAUCCACACUUGUCUUUGAGUUUCUUUUGUUUUCUACUUUAACUUAGUAAAUAUAACCAAUUGGCAAUUCCAAAAAUAGCAAACAAUACUUGAAACUUGGAUAUUUAUUUGCCAAAUUAAAAUAUGCUUAUUUAUUGAGUAUGGUUUUUCUUUGUUAAUCUCACGUUUCCGUUUGAUUGAAUCAAACAUGCAUAAAUCACUGGUCUGGCUCCACUGAUUUGCAUGUCUAUCGUUUAUCGUCGGCAUUGCCAUCUCUAAGUGGACAGGCAAACAAGAGGAAAACGCGAGCAGCAGAAAGAGACGCCCCCAAAACAGAUUCGGUUAGUUAGUUUAUGGGCAAAGUCAGCGUGUUGCCACUUUAUUGCCUGCUUUACAUUUCUGUUAGUUUUUGGUCCGCACCCGGGGGCACACAAACACAUCUACACACGUAUGUAUAAGCCAGCAAGCCAGAGUAUGUGUGUGCAAAGUCGUGUUAUGCUUUGCGGCCAAAUUAAAAUUCGACUUAAUCGUUUAAACAUUUAAAAGGCAAACUAAAAGCCAGCAGGCGUCGCAAAAGUUUCCCAUUCCCCCCCGCAGUCUCCUUUACGUACUACUCCACCAUUCACCUCCUUCUCUACGACCUGCUUCUCCAUCACCUUCUCCUUCUCUACGACCUCCUUCUCCACUACUUCCAUCUCCUCCUCCUUUUCACCCAUUCCCAUUCCCCUGCCAAUCUCCUUCCUUUUCCUCUUCCUUUUUGCUUUUUUUGCAUGCGCAGCUCAACAUGCGCCAAAAGUUGUAGCUGCCUGUUGCUGUCUCUGUCGCACAGCCAGGCUUUAAUGAGUGAGCGCCAUACAACAAACAUGGCUGCCACUGCUCGUUGACUCUCUCACUCUCUUCUCUCUCUGUCUCUCUUUCUGUCUUUCUCCUUCUUGCUCUCCAAAAACUCCACUCCGAAGAGCAAAAGAGAUGGCCUGAAUGGAGAUUUUUACGGGAUAAAUACACCAAGUGAAAGAGAAAGAGAGUGUGCGAGUGAUGGGACAGGGAGAGGGCGAGCGGGGGAAAUGCUCUUUUUGUACAAUUCAAAAAUGUUAAUUAAAAUUUAAAUGCUUACUGGGGACGACCCGUGGCAAAUUAAGUUUUGAUUGAUUCAUCACAGGACCUUCUGCUGAACAGGCAGGAAAAAUGAAAAAACGUGGCAUAUAAAAAGUUGCCUUGACAAUCGCCGGGAGUUUCAAUUACCGCGAAAAAUAUCUUAACUACCGCUUUGGGGUAAUAAACCCAAAUGGUCCGGAAAAUAAAUGUGUAUAUUAAAGCAUUAAAUAUAUAUGUAUGUGUGAACAUUAGCUGCAGCAGCUAAAUUAUAAAUCCAAUUUAUGGGCCAUUAGAUUUUGCGGGGUUGCCAGAAAAAAAAACCCAAGUUUACGGACCAAAAGAAAUUUUGGCUGAACUGAAAGCAGCUUGUUUACUAAUUUCCAUUUAAUGGCGUUUUUCUUUAUGGAUUUUCGUCUUGCAUUUUAAUUGUUGGGAAAUUAUGGAUUUGUGUUUUGAUCUUCGUACGGGUAAAGGUUAAUGACAUUUUUUUAUUGACUUUCGUAAUAAAUUUUAUUUAUUGGCCAUGAAUUUUAAGUUGUCCCUAAACAAUGGUUUAUUGGUUAGAAAGAAAAGCUGCUUAAAUUAUUAAUAAAAAUUUCUGUUUAAUUUUUUUUACAUAUUGAGUUUAGUUUCUCUAACAUUUGGCAUGACUUUGGUAUAGAUUUUAGCUGAUUUAUUAAAAAGUUUUUUUGAUUUAAAGAAGCUGUUCUCCAUUUAAGUUAAAUCAUGGGCGUAGCUCUUACGUUUCGAUUUAGUCAUUAACCCAGCACAAUUUAGUAAUGCUAAUUUAGUUGUUUUGGCCAAGAUUACGCCUAAUGCCAAGCUGACAUGCAAUAAAAGACUUUGUUUUCCAUUGUUUUUGCCUUCCUCACUCUUUUUUUUUUUUUUUUUUGGAAAGGUUUCCACCUCUGACAAAAGAAUUCCAAUUGAGUAGGGGGGAGGGUAGGUAAGAGAGGCGUCUCACCUAAGACUCCGAAGAACUCGGUGGCAGUGUUGUUGAUAGCAAUCAACAUCAAUUAAAGCAGCUGUCUGUCUUGUUGUUGGCCAUGUAAUUAUAUUUGCUGCUGCGCGUUUUUGGCUUCAUCAUCAUCAUCAUCAUCAUGGUCAUUAACCAAGCAUUGUGCACCGCCAGCAACAUGUUGCUGCUACUACUACUGCUGCGCCUCCAUGUGUCCGUCAGUCAGUUCUGAUGGCAACUGUUGAUAAUUAUAAUCCGCUUGUGGUUAAAAUGGUGUUGCCUACCUUACUGGCGAUAAGCGCGCAUGAAUAAUUAUGUUGCCGCUGUCUCCAAGUCGUUGCUUCUGCUGCUGCUGCUGCUGCUAAUGCUGAUGUUGCUGUUGCUAAUGCUGAUGUUGCUGUUGCUGUUGUGGCAAUGUCGCCUGCGCGACAACUCAUGAAUAAUUAAUGCACUGCCGCGACUGGGUUGAAAUGUUGCUGCAGCAGCAACAGCAGCAACUUGUCUUGGUAUCUUUUCAAUUACAGUAGGAAAUCGUGAAUUACAACCAGACCAGAGCCAGAGUUGGCCAUAAAAUAGCAAAGAGCUGUUGUUCUCAUUGUUGAUUAAACUUGACAGUCGGUUAUUGUUGCUGUGCAAAUAUUUAUUAAAUACACAGCGAAAUCUCCUCAGAGGGUGCCGACAACAAUUAACACUUGAAUGGAAGCGGCAGUAGCAGUAGCAGUCGUCUCUCAGUCGCAGCAACUAUUAUCAAACUCAAUUUGAAUAAGUUCGCUCGUGACACAAAAGUAAAGAAGGGGCAGCAAAAUGCUGAAAUUCCCACCUUAAAUUAAAUAAGCAAUGAGUUUGUCUCGCAAAAAAAAAAAAAAAAGGUUCGGGGCGGUCGGACAAUUGGCACUUGAAAGGCAUCAAGAUACAAUGGCAAUAACUGCAGCAGCAACAUCAGCAGGGGAGACAGCAACGGCGGCAGCGGCAAACAAGCUAAACAAGUAUUGCUGCUGUGCCGAGAAGCAGCAGCAACAUCAGCAGAUAAAAGGCAGACAAAAGGCACGAGAUGUGAGAGACGACGUCUAGGGUUGCCUGUUUCGAUGCUGCCCCUGCUGCAUGGGAAUUGAAUUCCAUUCAAAAGACGGCAGCAGGCUGUUUGUCAUACUUGCAACAGCAACAACAUUGGCUAAGAAGCAGAACCCAGUGAAAUGGCUUACAUGCAUUUCUCUGCCUCUCUUCCAGUCAGGCAGGCAGGCAGGCGUGUUGAGGUGUGUUGAGAUAGCAUCUUGCAUAAAAUUACUGCCAGUGGUAGGAGCAACAUCAGCAUCUCCACCAGCAGCAGAAGCAGCAACCAGCAACAGCAGCAGCAGGAGCAACAGCAGCAGCCACCAGCGACGUGGUUGCCUGAUGCUAUGCCACUGAUAGCCUCGAAAUUGUUGGCAGUUGCAAUUUGCUGUUUGGAAUUUUAAGCGAGCCAACAAUGAAGUUCAAGCCAAAGCAAGGAAAAAAAAAAAAAAAAAAAAAGCGUAAAAAAACUGAACAAAAAGAUAAAAAACUGAGAGAACCCAAAGGAAGAAGAAAGCCAGUGAGGAGGAGCCCGACAGCAACAUCAUUCUCAUGCUCAUCAGCAGGAGCAGCAGCACCAGCAAAAAGUUUAACCCUUCUCGGUUUUCGAAUUUUGAUUGCCUUUAAAAAACAAGAAAAAGAAGAUUCGAUUUUUUGGGACAAAGGAAGUCUAGAUUGUGGCCAACGAAAUUGCUUUCACUUAUAGUUUUAGGGCGGAAACUGUGAUGUUUGCAUAAUGCUGAUAACUUUAUUGAAAAGUCAUUAAAAGGAAGGUCGUAACUCUUUUUCCUAUUUUCCUUUUAUGACGACUACUUAGUGGUUUCUUAAAAUGUUGCACUUCAUGUUAGAAGGAGAAGUUUCUUAAAAAUAUGAAGAAACCUUCUAUCUUAAAUAUUUUUUAAGCCAUUUUAUGUUUAUGUAGAGAAAAUCUGAACUAUCUUAAAGCUUAAAGCCUAAAUAAUGUCAAUUGAGACAAGAAAUGGCAUUACAAGUCUUAAAAGCAAAUCUCUUCAUUUCAGUAAAUUACAUAAAAAGCAUUUCAUGAAGUAAUUUAUUAAUUAAUUUCCUGAAUAAUUAGCUUCAUAAGAGUGCAAAAUCCUUUCCAACUUCAUUUUCACAUCCACUUUGUAGCCUCUUUUCAGGUGCAAAUGGGUUAAGUUUUUGGCUUCUCCUCAAUCGAAGUUUUAGCCUGCGCUAAAAUCGAGACCUGCGAUUGCAAUAAAAGUCAGCAGGCAGGCACUGAUGUGUUGCUCCUGCCCGCCUCCUAUCCAUGCCACAUCUCCCCCCAGCCAUAGCCGUAGCCACAUCCAGCUCCUGGCUGAAACUUCUGCUCCUGCCUCCUUCCUUCUCCCAUUUGAAUUUCAUUCCCAAUGCCUUGAUGGUGCCUUUCGUUUUUAUUUAUUUUUUAUUUUUCAGCUCGCUUCCAUUCAAUUUUUGCUGCUGUUGCUGUUGCUGCUGCUCCUGCUGUUGCCUUUCUGCCAUCUGAGCUUUUGCAUAAGCCCGCAGUUCAUUUGAGAGAAAGAAAACAAAACUAACAAAAAACUGAAUAAAAAACUGCAAAAAUCCAAACAAACCAAAGGCGAGGAAAAAAAAUCGAAAUAAGAUAUAGUCGGGCAGCGGCAACAGCAGCAGCAGCUAGCACGAUUUAUGUUAAUCAGACAAGAGGCAAGAAGGGUAAAGGAGAGGGUAGAGGGGGAUUUAGAGGGUAUUCAGCGCCAGCCAGGCAGUUGCAUUCAAUCAUCUUUUAUCUGGCAGGCAUCGUUGGAUUUUGUUUGGGAUUUGUGUUUUCUUUUCGGUAUUAUGUAUCGCUUAGUUGCAUUUGGCGCACUUUCGGAUUUAUACCCCUCCUCCUCCCUCUUUGCUUUCUUUUCUAUCUCUCUUUCAAGUCAAAGUUUUUAUUCGUGUUUUGGCCGCUGCAAGACUUCAAUUUGAUUCGCCUGUAUCGAUUUGAUUUCAAUUUGCCAAAUGCCUUGGCUAUUUAUCUCAAUGACUCACUCGCUGCUCUGUCCCUUCCAUUUUGGCCAGUUUGCUCAGUCAAGGUGAAAGUAGCUUUUCAAAUGGGGAAUGUUAAAGGCUAUAAAAGGCUAUCAAAGUGGGUAAUUUGAUUCUACUUUUGGUUAUCUGAAGGGUUAUUCUAUCUAUUACUAUUAAGAUAAACUUUUAAAUAACUAUAAUUAGGACUUAAUCACGUUUAUGAAGCAUAAUUAGUCACAACUUACACACCUUUCAUGUUAAAUUUUGAUAAUAAAUCAGCGAAAUUCAAUACCAAC